AUGGCCCACGAGCAGUUGGACGCCCUCGUUGAGCAGGGCGUCAACUUCAUUGACACAGCCGAGCUGUACCCGGUGCCCUUCGAGGGCGGCAAGGUGACGGAGGAAUGGAUCGGCCAUUGGUUGGAGGGAGCCCUUGCGGCCAAAAAGAUCCAACGAGAUCAGUGGCUUAGGAAUCCCUCCAACAAUGGUGCACCGGACAUGAAAGGGCGCAAGAAGCCGUGGGGCUUCGACCAAGAGUCGCUCUUGGCCUCGUGUAAGGCAUCCAUUGAGCGAUUGAAGUGCCAGUACAUCGACCUGUACUACCUGCAUUGGCCAACCCGGAACGUGCCGGUCUUUGGUUGCAUCUCCUAUUUCCCGGACAAGAACCGACCGGUGCCAUCUUUUGACAAAGGUGAAGUGAAGGACUUUGAAGCCCAGGUCCUGGCCAUCAAGGCCCUUUUCGACGCAGGAUUGAUCAAGCACUGGGCCCUCUCCAACGAGAACAAUUACGGCGUGACCAUGCUUUGCCUCACCUGCGACCGGCUGAAUGUGCCGCGGCCCGUGUGCGUGCAGAACGACUACUCCCUGAACAACCGCAUCUUCGACACGGACUGCUACGAAGCUUGCCACCGCUUUGGCCUGGUCAGCUGCCACUUCGGCCUGCUCUGCGGAGGCGUCCUGAGUGGCAAGUACAUACGAGACUCACCUUAUGCCAAGAAGGACCCCGGGAGGGACUUGGGCGAGUGCCGGCACCACGCCCGGCCGAACUUCCAGCCGCGGUACUCCUAUCCGAUGCCGGCGAAGGUGGGGAUGUCCUGUGAGUCCUGA